CAACGGCCGCCAUGCUGGGGCGAGAACGAGGCUGCAGCCGGCGGACACGCCCCCCUACGGGCGCCGCCAUAUUGGUCUCAGAAGGAGGCCGCUGGUUGGCGCCAUCUUGGAGUGGGAACGAGGCCGGCCGGGGAGGAGGGGCCGAGCCGCAGCCCCGCCCCCCCAGCUGCCGCAACCCCCGGCGGCCGCGUGCGGGAGCCGUUGCGGGGCCGGGCCAGGCUGGCGCCCCCCGGCGAUGACGCGGCCCCCGCGGCCGGGCCCCCCCCCGCCCCGCUCCGGCCCGGGGCCCCGCCCCCCCGCGCGCUGCCCGCCCUGGACCUGUCGCUCAGCCCCGCGCGCGCCGGGGGCGGGAUCCUGCGGCGGCGGCGCGGGGCGGGGGGGCGCGCGGGGAGACGCCAGGUUCGGUUCCUGCUGGGCUCUGCCCCGGACGACGCCCGCCCCAGCCCGGAGCCCCCGGCCCCCCACAGCCCCCCGGUGGUGGUGCCGGGCGGGGCGGAGGCUCCGCGGGCGAAGACGGGGCUCGGGGGGGCGGGGGGGGACCUGGCCGCCCCCCAGCUGCUCACCAGCCUGGCCCUGGGCGAGGAGGUGCAGGCGGCCGCGCGCCAGGGCUUCGACGCCCACCGGGCCGCCCAGGAGCUGCUGGCCACGUCCUUCCUCGCCCGCUGCAGCGUGGAGGGCAAGGCGGCCGCAGGUAUGAACAUCCCCCGGGAGCAGCAGCUGUACCAGGGGCUCGUCAGCCUGCAGGUGCCCGCGGAGGAGGUGCUGAGCUCUGCCCUGCGGGAGAAACUGUCGCUCGUCCCAUCCCAGCCUGAGCCCCACAGGGAGCCCGACCCCGGAGGCCCGGACCUGCUGAUGUUCUACGAGCCCCUGGAGCUGUUCGCGGAGACCCCGUACCUGGGCGUGGAGGGGCUGCCCCCCCUGCGGCUCCAGCCCCACGUCCGACCCCCGGCCUCCGCCUUCCUGAUGUUCCGCAAGGUCCAGCAGUGGGAGGCCUAGCGGGCUGGCCCAUGGCGGGCUGGGCCUGAGAGACUGGUUCUGGGCCCCGGCCCGCCAGAGCUGUGUCCACACCCUUUGUACCCAGCCCCCCCCGGGGGCCACCAAAUAAACCCCCCUCUGGGCUCUCA